AUGGUUUGUGGAACACGGCAUAAGCCUAUCAGUUCAAAGCUUCGACAUUCUUUUGUAUUGCAAACAUAUUAUUUUGCUAUACUAAUUGGUAUAACAUCGUUACAUUUUAAUUUUAAAACUAAAAAAUUUUGCAACUCCAAAUAUUUGUACCUGUAUGCGGCUAUUGUUAAUUUAAUAUUUAUAUUUGUCGCUCCCACGAUGCAGUGGCAUAUUAUAGAUGAUGUCAGAUUUUAUGUUGAUAAUUUACAAAUGAAAUUAAUUAAUUCAAUUAAUUUAAAUCUUCGAUGUGUGGCCGCUAUUAUGACUCUAGUAUUGCGCUGGAAACGUGAGUGUCAUGUGCGAAAAAUUGUCGAACGUCUAAUAGUUUUGGAGGAGGAAUACUUUGAUAGAGUUACAUAUCCGUCGGAAUUAAUACAAAGAUUUGAUAGAUUAUUCUUUCUGAAAUACGCCAGUGUUUGGUUACAGUCUUUAUCGAUUAUGUAUAUAGUCUACCGAUAUGUAGCCAGUACAUCGGGCUGGUGGUAUUUGACAUUUUUUUAUGUGGUUAUUAUUUUAAAUAUUUUACAUGGUGUAGUAAUGCAUUACUAUAUGUGUCUGCUGUAUAUCGGUUCAAGAUUCUAUAUCAUCAACUAUCGCUUAGAAGAAAUUUAUAUGACCAUAGCAAGAAUAAAGUCAUGGAAAUCUCAGCGAUCGCAGCAGCAAAUGCAAAAAGCCUUGGCUGCUGAACUGGAUUGUAUUACUUAUAUACACUGUAAUCUUAUGAAUAUAGUAUCUGAAUUAAAUGAUUCUUAUAUGUUUCAAAUUUUAACCGUUUUAAUGACUCAUAUAUUCAAUAAUACCGCCAUGGGUUAUUAUGGUCUAAUGAUGUGUAUAGAUUUCAUGAAAUUCAAUUUAUCUUAUUAUGAUCUCAUAAUAGGAGGUUUCAGCUAUUGCUGUUUGGUACUGGAUUUGUAUUUGGUGGAUAUUAAUUGUAAUACAGUGCAAACUUCAUAUAACACGACAGGUUCUAUUGUAAAACAAUUUACUGAAUUUCAUAAUAUGGAAGAAAGUUUAAGAAAAAGUUGUGAAUUAUUGUCUUUACAUUUGGUUCAAAGAAAACUUUUCAUAAAUAUUUGCGGCAUGUUUAAUCUGAAUAAACACACUUCGUUUGUUAUGUUUGGUUUCACAAUACGACAAGUAUUAAUUCUAGUACAAAAUGAUGUGGCCAUAUCAAUACGUUAUUUAAGAGAUUCACGAAGUGUGGGUCAGAUUUUACAGACGGAAUUUAGUAAAGCUUUUAAUACCAUAAACGGAGGGAAAGAGGAGUAA